UGCGAUCAUCAAAGAUACAGACACAACGAGGCUGGGUGGAGUUGGUUAAACUAUGAAAUUUGGAAACAAUGGGGAAGAUGUAGAAAGGCUGACGCAAUCAAAAACAAAAGGAUGUGUGAAAUAAGCCACGUCUGUCUUCGUCUCUGCGGAACCAAUGCGCACCAGAGCUCCUCCAUGUAUUCAUCAUCGAUAUUAUUCAUCCAACCAAAAAGUGUAGUCAAUUUUACUUCAGCAACUUAAAGAAACACUCAACUGAAACUUGGUUUCGGUUCUACAAGUCUCUACAAAUCGUGUCAUUACACUGUCCGCCUAAUUUCAUUGUCUUAAACGUCUUCACAAAAGAUGGUUAAUAAUGACUUGCGAUUAAAUACGACUCAGUCAGGUAAGAUUAGCAAGCUAACAUUAGCGGGAAGCUCAAGCCAAGUGGAUGACGUUUGCUGUGAUGAUGCUAGCUCGCUGUUUCCACUGGCAAACCCGAACAGAAAACACAAAAUGUGUGUUCCCGCCGACACUCAGUAUAUUGGAGAUAGUGUCGCACCUGUAAUGAAUGAUUUGAAAGCUAACGUACCUACACACUGGCCCACGGGAGUGCUGUAAGGAUUGCCGAGUAAAAACUCCAUUUUGACAACAAACAAUCCGCUCAAGAAUGACAGAGGCUGAGGCCCAGAAGCGGCUCUUACUAAGUCCCGCCUACAAACGAAUCCAAUUGGUCAAGACGCCCAAAUAGCCCGAUAUGAUUGACUAAAAGCUAUGUCAAUCAUAUUUAACAACUCAAGCUGCGUUCAAUACACAAUGUCUUGUACAUGUAAUUAUCCGUUUUCAGAAUUAGAAUUCUGUUUUGUUGUCCAUGUUUGAGUUAACGUACGUGAAAUGCGUUUUUUUGUUGUUGUGGUGCUUUACAACACAUUAACAAGAAGAUAUGAUUAAAAUAGGCUCAUGAUAAAGAUUAAGGCAGAGUAAAUUAAGAAAACAUAUGACUGUAAGAGAAUGGUCCUAGGAUACCACUAUCAAUUUGUGUUGCUUUUAUGCAAGUUCAAUUCUGAUUCUGAUUCUGAUUUGGAUUGGAGUGAUUGAAUGAUGAAACUUUCACUCAGUUAAACUCAUACAACAUGUGCAUGUACUGUUCAAGCAUGUCGUAAACCUGGCAUAAUAGACCUUUUUCACAGCAGAUAUUUGUUGACAUGUCAUGAUAAGUUAAUAGAGAAGUAAUUACAAUUGCUAAAACAACAAGUGGUGUUUAAUAUUACCUACAUUGCACUUGUGUGCACUCUAACCUUAUUGAUCAGGUUCAGAUUCAAAAAUGUAUUCCCUUUAUUAUAGACUGCAAAUAUGUUUUACUGUUAUUGACUUCGUAGUUGCAUUUGUGGAAAAAAAAAUUGCAAAAAAACUGCCCAAAAUGUUCUGGAAAUGUUAGUUAACCAUUAUAAUUGUGUUGUCUGCAUUGAUAUAAGCCAAGCAAGCACAUUCGGAAGAUAAGGGAUAAUUCUGAACAGAAGCGUCUGACCGUCCUUGAACGCAGCUUAAAGCCAACCAGUUGCUUAGCAACAGUUUGUAAACAACAGGGGAAUAUCGAGGUGCUACACGUGUAGCCCUGUUUUUGAGAAAACAGCAGAUAAGUUUUACAGUUGUCUUGAGGGAACAGUGAAGUAAAGCGAAACUACAGCCCUGUCAGCAUGAGUGGAUUCUGUGAUAAAUCUGAGCCCAUUUUGAUGAGUGACGAGAUUCUGCAGAAAGCAGUCGAUGAGCAAACGCCUCAAAAUCACGCUGGGAGGGUCGACAAGGCCGAGGGAAAACACUUUAAUGAUGUCCUAAAAAUACGUCUGGAAUACCUAAACAUCUUGAAGAUUAGCCACUUAAGGGACUUCACAUCCUUGACCAGACUUGAUCUGAACAAUAAUCUCAUAGAGAGGAUUGAGGGCCUGGAUCAUCUGUUGAAUCUGACCUGGCUCAAUCUGUCUUUUAACAGAAUAAAGAAAAUUGAAGGCCUGGAGUCUCUGCGCAAGCUUGAAUUGCUGAAUUUAUCCGACAACAAAAUCUCUGUCGUUGAAAACAUGGAUGAGCUUGAGAAAAUGACGAAUUUCAGCUUCGCAAACAACCUCCUUGAACAGCUGGACAGCGUGCUCUAUCUCAAGAAAUUCAAGAAUCUGUUCACCCUCAACCUCUAUGGAAAUCCCGUCUCCAAGGAGGAUGAUUACACCUUGUUCAUUGCUGCUCACUUUCCAAACUUGAUGUUUCUGGACUACAGAUUACUCAAUGAGAAGACGAAAAAAGAAGCUUCUAUCAAGUACUAUUGUGUCACUGAGGAAACAAGACACGAAGAGCUGCAGAAACAACAAGUUUUGGAUGCUGAAAAACGCCAGAAAGCUGAACUCCAAUUACACACGGACGCCUUUGUGGAGUUCCUCAAUGGAUCAUAUCUGUUUAAGAGCAUGGUCAAAGAUGAUCCAGAGGCAGAGACACUACACUGUGUAGCAGGAGUGGCCCCUCUGCUUCAAACAUUUGAGCAGCAAAUGGUGGCACUUUGUGUGCAGUUGUUUGAAGCGGGCAUGGCUGAGCAUAAACAACGAGAGGCAGAGGUGAACUCCUUCCUGAGUGGUCAGACACAGGCUGUGACAGAUUACCAGCAGAGAGCAGCACAGAUAUUGGCAGAAUUUGAGCAGCAACAUAAAGAGAUGCUAUUGGAGCUGCAGCAGUUAUCAGACCCAGACAUAGUGGAGGUCAAGGUCAGCCACCACAGUAAUGAAAUCGAACAGCUUUGUACCGGCCUCAUGUCACUGGAGUUUCAGCUGGUCAGCCAGCUGGAGGAAAUCAUCAAAAAGUUGGAAAUCAACAUCUCAGACAUGGUGGCCAACUUCACUGAAUCUGUUCAAGGGAUAUUUGCCCAGUGUCGAGAGUUACAGGAUAAUUAUCACCGGAAGGUACAUGAGAUCGCUGUGGCAACUCUGAAGAAAGUGGCCAUGGACAAUCGGGAUGAGGACAUGCCAGAUGAAGUUAGAAUGCUGUUUAUGGACAAAGACACAGUGAUGGAUGCGCUGGCCACCGCUCAUGAUAACCACCUGCAGAAGAUCAACGACAGAGAGACUCAGUUGGUCACACGUGUCGAUGCCUGGCGAGUGGCUCUCAUUAAAGAGAUUCAAGACAAAGAACUUAAGCGGAACCGCGCAUGCGUCUCAGACAUCCUCAGAUAUACAGACUAUUUGCGAGAGCAGCUGUUCCAUGAUUUUUUACCUCACCCUCCAGAACAACUUUAACAAUUGUGUGUGUCUACAACUACAUACAUGUAUCACUUGUUAUCUGUACUUGUUUCAUAACCUAAUUGUCCAGUUUCUUUUCCCCACCGGUUGAGAUAAUAAAAGACUGCUUCACGUUUGCUGCCUUAGGCUAACAAUA